CUCCCCACAUGUGAGAGAACACCGAAGCCAACCCACGCACGCAUCGCCCACUGCAGCCGGGCCCCCCUCCCGCCGACCUACGCCCCGAUCCCCGCGGCCCCUCCCCAGGCCUCUGUCCGCCUGCGCGCCAAUUGAGCCAUGGUCGCAUCCCCGGCGGUGCCCGAAAUCUACGAGGAUGAGCUGCACUCGGCCAUUGAGGCGCGGUCCGAGUCGCUGCAGACGCUGCGCGAGCUGGGCCCGCCCGACCUCGUGCACCUGAUCAAGCAGCCCAUCAAGUCGACGACGCGCCAGACGGGCGUCUACCACCACGUCACGGGCAUCGACGCCUCGUCGUCGGCCAGCCUGGCCGCCUACAUCAACACGCUGACGUACUCGCCGCACGACAAGCAGAACAAGGUCGUGUCCGGCCUGUACUGCUGCUACAAUGCCUUCUCGCGCCUGGACAUGCGCGUGCAGGUCUACAUCCCCGGCACCGUCGAGAGCUACUGCAUCGACGAGCGCGGCGACAAGCGCGUGGCCACCGACGAGCUGUGGCUGGAGACGUACCUGUGCAGCGUGCUGCGCGCCUACUCGUACGCCGACGACGGCUCCGGCGACACCAUCAAGAAGAUUGUCGGCGUGCGGCGCUUCAACCCCGUCACCAGCACCGAGAGCGAGCACAAGUUCCUGGACGCCGCCGAGCGCCUGUUCUUCAGCGGCUGGCAACUGGGGUCGGAUCCCGAGAUCCAGGUCCCCAAUCUCGUCUCGAACCACCUCACCACCGGGCUGCUGAGCUACAUCCACACCACGGGCCGAUAUGCGUCCGGCAUCAACCUGUUCGAGAAGCUGCGCACACGCGACCCGGAGAUUUCCUCGCUGCUCGCCCAGGUUUACAUCCAGGCCGACGAGGAGGUCAAGGCCGUGCAGCUGCUGCAUGAUGUCAUCCAGGAGCUGCCCAUGGACUACUCGCUGCUCGACUGCCAGGCCGAGUUCUGCAACACCAAGGGCCGCGGCGACCUCGCCCUCGAGAUUGCGAAGCGCAGCGUCGUGUCGGCGCCCAGUGAGUUCGGCACCUGGGCCCGCCUGGCAGAGAUCUACGUCAGUCUGGAGCAGUGGGACCUGGCUCUGCUCACCCUCAAUUCGUGUCCCAUGUUCACAUACCAGGACAAGGACGCACCACGGAUGCCCGAGCCCCAGAAAGUCUUCCUGCCCAUCAUGCCCGAGGCCAUGUGCGACGAGAUCGAAGACAGCAACCUCGACGACAUGGAGAUGGUCCACCCGACACUGCGCAAGCUCCACGCCGCCGGCUUCAAGGGCACAUUCCUGAAAGCCUACAUCAUCCUGACAGAGAUAACAAAGAAGAUCGGCUGGGACCAGCUGCUGAAAAUACGGUCGCAAGUCUUCGUCAUGGAAGAGGAGUACCGCCACGAAAAGCAAAGCGUCCCCCAAUCCCACUCGCGCAGCGCCAGCACCACCGCCCUCCGCUCGCCCACCCCCUCCGCAAUUGCCUCUCCCAACCCCGAAACCAACGGCCACACAGCCCCAGCCUCCGACACCACCUCCUCCCCGCCCUCCCCCACCCCCGACUCCCUCCAGGAACCCGGCCACACCGUCGCCGCCGAAGUCGUAAAAGCCGGCUCCGACGACCCGCACCCGGAGACGCAGCCCUCGUACACGCAAUUCCAAAACAAGCGCCUGUGCGAGCGCUGGCUCGACAACCUCUUCAUGGUGCUCUACGAGGACCUGCGCGUCUACACCAUCUGGCGCACCGAGAUGGCGCAGUACCGCCAGCAGCAGCUGCUGUACAAGAAGAGCGCCGAGGAGUGGGAGAUCCUGGGCGAGCUGGCCGAGCGCCUGCACCACAUCGAGGAGGCCGUCGAGGCGUACGAGAACUGUCUGCAGAUCAAGUUUUCGCCCAAGGCGAUGCGCGGCGUGCUCAGGCUCGGCGAGGAGAAGCGGAAUACGCGCGAUGUUUGCGCGGCGCUGAUUAGGCUCGUCACGUGGCAGUAUCGCUGGUACUCUGAGUUCUCCCCCGCUCUCCUGUACACCAUCCGCAAACUCAUCGAAGAAGAAGGCGCAGUCAAGGUCCGCAGUAUCAUCCAGGGCACCAGUCUGCCCCAGCACGUCCUCGAUCUCACACAUCAGUAUGCUGCGCUGUGCGCUGCGUUCCGCAGUAGUGGGAGUGACGGCUAGGCGCUGUCGGUUGCGAGGGGCAGGGGCUGAGGAAGUGCAGAGGUUGAGGUGAAGGGAGUGGAAGUGUGAGGAAGUGCUGGAGUGUGGAGUGUGAACGGGAAGAGGCACGGAGGCAGCACACAGCGGAGCGUAGAUAUGUUGCAAAGCGAAGCUGUCCAAGCCGGACCGCGGCGCUGUCUAGACGGUGUUGAACUGAACGAAGAGCGUUGGAUCCGCAUCGGUGCCCACACGCUUCUGUGCCGUGUGCUUGCCCAUCCGUCACCCCUCCCCUUCCCCUUCCCCACUCAUCCACUCACACAAGUCCACGUCCCUCACUACACACGAACACGCCUCUCUCCAUCACGCAAUACUCGUUAUCCAUCACUCGUCUCACUGCUCCAUCCGUUACUUAUGUUAUAGACCAGUCUCUACAUGGUAUUUCUGUGCACAUGGUUUGGAUAUUAAUUUCAUUUGAGGUCUUGGAAGUG